AACCCACUAAUCCAUCCAUCCAUCCAUCCAAUGGCGUUGCGCGCGGCGGGAGGGGUCGUCGUCGUCGUCAUCCUCCCCCAUUCCCCCUCCCGCUCCUCCUCGUCCUCGUCCUCCUCCUUUACGGUGUUUCCACGGUGCGGGGCCCCGGGGGAGGAGUUCGCGCCCCUGGCGGCGGCGUUCCGGCGGCGGCUUCUGGCGGGGGCGGGUGCGGCGGCGCUGGUGGCGGCGGGGGCCAACUUCGGCGGCGCCACCAGCUUCCUCCUCGGCCUCUCCCCCUCCCUCGGCCGCUCCCUCCGCCUCGACGUCCUCUACCCCGUCCGCGGCUUCACCCGCUGCCUCGACCUCUCCAACGGCUUCGAAUUCAUAUAUCCAUCGAGCUGGGUGGGAGACCAGGCGCUUGUCUACAGAGCAGCAGGCAGAGCGGAAUCGCAGAGGUCACUGGACCCCCCUCCUCUCCCCGACCGCCGAUCCCCUUCCCCUCGCGCCGUCAGCGACCCCGUCGCCGCCUUCGGCCCCCCCGGCUCCAACGGAGAGCUCAACGUCAGCGUCAUCGUCUCCCCCGUCCCCCUCCAUUUCUCGAUCGAGGCGUUCGGCGGUCCGAAGGAAGUAGGAGAAGCGGUGCUGAGAAGGAUAGCUGCGGCGUCGCGUCGAGGGUCGGAGGUUAGAGCGACGCUGAUAGACGCUUCUGUGAGAGAAGAUCCCGAUCCCGAUCCCGAUCCCGCGAAGAAGGUGAAGUACUAUAAGCUGGAGUUUGCCGUCGAAGGGCCUUCGUUCCGCCGCCACAACGUCGCGCUCUGCUGCGCCCGCGACGGCAAGCUCUACACUCUGAACGCCCAGGCGCCCGAGUCGGCGUGGCCUGGAGUGCGGCACCAGUUCUAUGAGAUCGCUGAUUCCUUUACUCUUACUGAAACAUGAUGAUUAAUAUCAUCUGCUUCUUCUUCUUCUUCUUCUUCUUCUUCUUCUUUCGUUUUCUGCUGAAUUAAUAAUGCCCAUAAGGAAAUAAAGAGUGAUGAACGAGCUUAUUUGUAUC